UGGACUUCGAGUCGAGCCCACCAAGUUGCGCCCAACAAGACUAGAUACCUCCACCUCAAGGCCUUUCGGAGGCCUUCUAGUGCGACACGCUGGGAGAACUUCGCGAACCGGACCGAUCUCUUCACCUCCUUUUGAAAGGGUAGCUCGUCGCCUGCAUUCGUACUGCUAAUAGUAACGUGGCUGCGUUGCGGGAUGAUGCACCGGCGCGCGUCGGAAUGGAAACAGAUGAGACUUUUGACACAGCAGCGGCAGACGGAGGCUGGAGACACGAACAACGGGCCGCAGCAGGCGCCGGUGAGCUCUCCCCCCGGAGCUAGCGCAAUGGCGGGAGUCGGAACCCGCCCAGCCAGCAUCUUUUGUUCCGCCGGACAGAGGCGGGAGACACGAACAACAGGCGCCGGCGGGCGGUGAACCUCUCCCCCGGAGCUAGCGCAAUGGCGGGAGCAAAAGGAAUCGCUCCAAUGGAUUGGCCCGUCAGCGCAGCCGGCGUCAGCAUGGCUCGCGCGCACGUGGACACAACCGCAACAGCCGCAACAGCCGCAACAGCCGUCGUUGGUGCGGCAGCAGCAGCAGCCAAUGCCGCCGCCGCAGCAGGACCACGAGCCGCCAAGACAGGAUCUGUCGAAACGAGCCGGACUUCCACAACAAUUACCGCGCGCCGAUUCGUUGCGCCAGCAGCCGCAGCUGCCGGAGCUGUCUUGGGGAGAGGGAGACAGCGGCGGGCGCGCGGUUCGUUUCGGCGAUCCCGGGUCGCUGGGCUUCCGCGUGAUGUUUCUCGAUCGCCGCGAUCGCAUCGUUUCGCCGUGGCACAACAUCCCGCUGUACGGCGAGAACAGCUGGCUCAACUGCGUUUGCACCACGCCCUCGGGAAGUUGGGUAAAACACGACUUUGCCCCGAGGAAUACACCCCGCUGCGCGUCCCUCCGAAGGGCGGCGACCCGUCGCACUUCCGCGACAACGCCACGUGGAACCUCGGCCUCCUGCCGCAGACGUGGCAAGAUCCGGAGGAGCCCGUCGAGGGAUUCGCGGGAAUGACUGGCUGCGGCGGGCCCGUGGAGGUGAUAGACGUUUCGGGCGGGCUGCCCGCGGAAUUAGGGCAGGUGUACACGAUUAAGCCGCUGGGGGUGAUUCCGGUUGUGCGGGAGGGUGGGUUGGCGUGGGUGGUGGUGGGAAUUGGCACGGGGGAUUUGUUGGCGAGCCUGGUGAACCACGUGGAUGACGUGUACGCGCUGCUGCCGGGGACCAUGGAGGCCGUCAUGCAUUGGCUCGCCAUCUGCGACGCCACUGAACCCGGCGAUCGCCAGGCGUUGAUAGCCACUGACGACAGCUUUGGCACGGAGAAGGCUCUGGAGGUGGUGGCUGAGGCGCACGCGGCGUGGCAGCUGUUCCUCCACAGCAAUGUUCAGCCGGAGCCCUGGCGGCCGGACCUAGACGUCUUCUCCACCCACGUGCUGCAGGCCUGCUGGCGCAAAUACACGGACGGCCAGAGCACCGUGGCUCUCCCUGUGUCGUGUGAGCGGCGGGAGGAGCGCCUUACUGGAGAUGCUGAUAGCGCGGAUAAGAGUUUGGAGGGUGGUUUGAUGGGGUUGGAUUCGAGCUGGGUGGAGAGCCCUGCGGGUGUGGAGAAGGGUGUGGCAGCAGCAGCAGGGUCUAGGCGGGGUUCUGAGAAGGUGCCAAGGAGCAAAGGCGGAAGGCUGGGUAGAACAUCACCGUCGGCCGUAGCACCUGCUGCUGUUGCUGCUGCUCCCUCUGCUGCAGGAGCAUCUGAAACCGCAGCAGCAGCGGCGGCGUCUACAGCAACAGACGCAUGUGCCACCACCACUGCCAAGGGCUCGAACAAAAUGAGCUUCUUUAGAUCCCGCCUCCCCAGCCUACCGCCUCCCCCGCCGCCAUCCCACUUCGAAGACGUCCUCUCAGCAUCAGCGUCAGCGUCAGCCGCAUUUGCAGCGAGACACCCCAGCAGCCUGGAAGGAGGCGGCGGGGGGCACGGGAACAAGUUCCGAGCCUGGAGCCCUCUAGGUUUGGUCCGAUCCAAGUCCCCUGGCAGCCAGAGCAAGGCGUCAGGAAUGACCAGCCCGAUUUUCGGAGGUCUGGGGAGACACAGUGCAGGCAGUCAGUCGCCUGUGGGUGACCACCGCUCAGCAGCAGCAGCAGCGCGUCGCCAGGGGGACAGAGGGGGCGGCCCACUAGGUCUCCCAGGGGAGAGGGUUCCGCCCAUGUCUCCCAGGGGAGGUUCUGCUGGCGCUGCAGUGUCAGCUGCUGGGGACGGGGUGUGGGUAAGCGGUAGUGCGGUUGGCUGUGGUGCUGCUGUGGCUGGUGGUGCUUCUGGUGCAGCUGAUUUUGAGGCUGCUAGGGUAGAUGGUGAUGGUGCCACUUCAGCAGUUGCUGCCACUGCUGCUACCGCUGCUGCUGCUGCUGCUGCUGAAUCCGGGUCUGCUUCUGGAAGUGGUGGCAGCAGUGGUAGGAGCCGGUCCCUGCAUCGCAUGGUGUCUCCCCGAGGGCUGCGCCUGCCUGAGCUGCCCAAGAAAGGGCUUCACUUGUCAGAAAUGGCCAAGACAGGCCUGCACCUGCCUGCCGUGUCCCCCGCGCGCUGCACCUGCCAGAGGUAGUGAAGAGAGUUAUGGCGGAUUGACUAGCCGGACUGCAAGCGAGGAGCAGAGCGAAGGCAGUAACCAAGGUGGGGACACAGUCUCGGACACAAACAGAGGCAAAAACCGUGAGGAGGGAGGUCUGUUGGUAGCCCAGUCUAGGGAGGCAGAUGCUGGGAGAGCUUGAAUGCUGGUGAGCUUGAGAGGUUAGUCGUGGGGCUGGUAGAGGGGGACGAUCCGUACUGUGCACGGUCCAG